UUUGUGUGCACACACACACGCGCGCACGCACACACUGCACUCUUUCCUCUUGUGUGUAGCCUGCUUGGUAUCAGCACUAGAUUAGCCACAUACAUUUUUCUGCGUACUUUCUUAUUCUUACUCUCUCUCUCUCUCUCUCUCUCUUGCUAGCCACAUCUCUCGGACUGUCUUAUGCACACAGGACAUUGUCUAUUAGGAUUUUUUAAAAUAAUUGAGAUCCUGCUUAACCUGUGAUUCUGAAUUCAUUUUGUCCAGCUGUGAUUCUGACUAAUUUUUCUUCAUGGAGGAUUAUCACAAACCCGACCAGCAAACCUUGCAGGCGCUGAAGAACAUUGCCAACCGGCUUAGGAUCAACUCCAUCAAGGCAACGACUGCUGCAGGCAGCGGACACCCCACAUCAUGCUGCAGUGUGGCAGAGAUCAUGUCCGUGCUUUUCUUCCACACCAUGAAGUACAGGCCAGAGGACCCCAGGAACCCCAACAAUGACCGCUUCAUCCUCUCUAAGGGCCAUGCUGCCCCAGUACUGUAUGCUGUGUGGGCAGAGACAGGCUACCUCAAGGAGAGCGAGCUGCUCAACCUCAGGAAGAUCGACUCCAUUCUUGAGGGGCAUCCCGUUCCUAAGCAGCAGUUUGUGGAUGUGGCUACAGGUUCUCUGGGGCAGGGCCUCGGGGCCGCCUGCGGGAUGGCCUACACUGGGAAGUAUUUUGAUAAGGCCAGCUACCGUGUUUACUGCCUUCUGGGAGAUGGAGAGCUGUCUGAAGGAGCGGUCUGGGAGGCCAUGUCUUUCGCCUCCUACUACCAGCUGGACAACCUGGUGGCCAUCCUGGACAUCAACCGCCUGGGACAGAGCGACCCUGCCCCGCUGCAGCACCAUGUGGAGAAAUACCAGAGACGCUGUGAGGCUUUUGGCUGGAAUGCUAUCGUAGUAGAUGGCCACAGUGUGGAAGAGUUGUGCAAGGUACUGUGCCAGCCCCGACAUCAGCCUACUGCCAUCAUCGCCAAAACCAUCAAAGGGAAAGGAAUCUCAGUGGCUGAGGAUAAGAUGGGCUGGCAUGGCAAGCCACUGACCAGGGACAUGGCCGACACUGUGCUGAAGGAGCUGCACAGUCGCAUCCUGAACAAUAACAAGCGUCUGUACCCAGCCACGCCCAUGGACGACGCCCUGCCUGUCAGUGUUCGCAACAUCAGGAUGCCCAGCGGCCCCAGCUACAAGCCCGGAGACAAGAUUGCCACGAGGAAGGCAUAUGGACUGGCCCUGGCCAAGCUAGGCCGCUACAACGAGCGAGUGAUAGCCUUGGACGGGGACACCAAGAACUCCACCUUCUCAGAAAUCUUCAAGAAUGAGCACCCCAAUCGCUAUGUGGAGUGCUACAUCGCCGAGCAAAAUAUGGUCAGCGUCGCUGUGGGCUGUGCCGCUCGGGACAGGAACAUCGUGUUUGCCAGCACCUUCGCCACCUUUUUCGCCCGUGCAUACGACCAGCUGCGCAUGGCAGCCAUCUCUGAGAGCAACAUCAACCUGUGCGGUUCCCACUGCGGCGUGUCCAUCGGAGAGGACGGACCCUCACAGAUGGGCCUGGAAGACAUAGCCAUGUUCCGAGCCAUCCCUACGGCGACCGUUUUUUACCCCAGCGACGGCGUGUCCACCGAGAGAGCGGUGGAGCUGGCUGCCAAUACGAAGGGCAUUUGCUUCAUAAGGACCAGUCGUCCAGAGAAUGGCAUCAUUUACAACAGCAAUGAGGACUUCCACGUCGGGCAGGCAAAGGUUGUGUACAAGAGCAGUGAUGACCAGAUCACUGUGAUUGGAGCAGGAGUCACGCUGCACGAGGCGCUGGCUGCAGCCGAGCAGCUAAAGAAAGAGAGGAUCAACAUCAGAGUUAUCGACCCCUUCACUAUUAAACCACUGGACUCCAAAACCAUCAUUGACCAUGCCAAGGCAACCAGGGGAUGCAUCAUCACUGUGGAAGACCACUACAGUGAGGGAGGCCUGGGGGAGGCGGUGUGUUCGGCUGUGGUGAACGAGCCCGGGUUCGUGGUGCACCGCCUGGCAGUGACCCACGUCCCGCGCAGUGGAAAGCCGGCUGAGCUGCUCAAGAUCUUUGGCAUCGACAAGGACGCCAUCAUCCAGGCGGUCAAGAAGAUGAUCAGCUCUGUCAAUGCGAAGUAGAAGAGGGCGUGACCCUCCCAGACAGCACUUACAGCGUCAACCGCUGUCCCUUUUUUCAUUAAUAAAAUAGUCACGGAAAUCUCCCAAAAAAAUGUUAACUUCUGUUAAUUGUCAUUGAUGUGGUUCCAGCAGACCUGAGUUGACCUUUAAUGUAUGGCCCUUCCACUCCCUCCCUAAGUAAUGUAGUUGUGUGUGUAAGCAGUGAACAUUUUGAAGUAACUGUCACUUUUUCACAUUUUGACACAGUUCAUCCAUUUUGUACCCCCACCUGAACGAUUAUGUGUUCAGGUUUCAGAGCAUUGAAGCCAGCUGGGCAACCAAAAUACUAACAAUGACCAAUAAUAAUCAUUUUAAACCACUGUUUUUACCUGAUCCAUACAAAAUUUGACACAAAUAAAAGAAUGGUUUCUUCUCACAAAACGGGUA